UCAAUUAGUGAAUAAUACGAAAUCGGUGCAAGAUAAGUUCCCGUGUGAAAUUGCUUUUUCGGCGAUUGGUUUUUCAUCGAUUUUGCAGAAGGAAAACAGAUAUAAAAAAGCAGUCUGAUACUUAGUCAUAACGUUGGUACAAUAAAGUUAAUCGAAUGGAGUCCUAGCCCAGAUUGACUGUUAUCAAUUGUAUACGAGAAACUCGAAUUUGAAAUAAAAUCACAUUUGGCUCCUAAUCAAAUGGUCUUGAAUAUUUUUGGAGUAGGAAUGUUAUCUAGAAUCGAAUGCCAUAAUUAUCAAGCUAUCAACUUCGAAUCUUUGCUACGACACUUGCAGCCAUGUCGGACUACUUCGAGGAACUGGGCCACGAACCCACAGGACCGGAAGGAGCCAAUGACUUUGAAAGAAACUACCGACGCCUUCAGGUGUUGGCCAUAAUGAACGGCAUCGAUAUGGAAAUCGAAGUUCCAGAAGCCUCCAAGCGAGCGAUUGCAGAGCUUCCGCUUCACGAAAUCCUCGAGUCGGAAGUAGGAGGCGAGUUGGAGUGCUCCGUUUGCAAGGAACCUGCUCAAGCCGGAGAAAAGUAUAAGAUCCUGCCGUGCAAGCACGAGUUCCAUGAGGAGUGCAUUCUGCUUUGGCUCAAGAAGGCCAAUUCCUGCCCAAUGUGCCGUUUUGAAUUAGAAACUGACGACCCGGUUUACGAGGAGCUGCGCAGGUUCAGACAGGAUGAAGCUAACCGAAGAGAGCGCGAGAAUACCCUUAUGGAUUCAAUGUUCGGAUAAUUAUAAAUAUCAUUUUUGUAAAACGGGAUGGGGAAAAUUUGUAGUGUUUGGUGGAAUAAAGGCGUUAUUGGGGCAAAUAUGA